UGCGUCAUUUCCUUUACAUGUGUCACUUCCGUUCCCCAAUAACUCACAAGUGAUUACGUUUGGAAACAGAAACCUUGUACAGCUACGUCGACUGAAAUCAAAUGGCUUGAACGAGUCGCUUACGGUCACAUUAGGAGAUAAGUGUAGGGAAGGAGUAGGUAUGGCCUGUGCUCGUGUGCCACUGGAUGAACAGCAGGUGACUGAGCCUGGCCCUUUUGGAAAAGAGUGCACACUGCCUGCACUGCACCCGGACAGGAAGGAAGACCACUGUUUUGUGCCUUACAAGCCUCCACCAGAAGAUGGCUCUCCAGCUGAGGUGGAGGAGUUUUUGGAAUUUGCCAGAUUCAUCAUUGAGGACCUGGAGUGGCUCCUUGCAUUGCCCCAUGAUAAGUUUUGGUGCCAGGUGGUGUUUGAUGAGUCCCUGCAAACUUGCCUAGACUCGUACCUUCGUCAUGCUCCACGGAGCCUUGACCUCACUGCCUUGCCCUCCUCCCCGGCAGUGGCUGAGAUGCAGCGUUCCAUUCACAGGAUGGUCUUCUUGACUUUCUUGAGGAUGGCUACACAUAAAGAGUCCAAGGAAAACUUUCUCACCCCAUCAGUGUUUGGAGAAAUUAUCUAUGAGAACUUCCUGUUUGACAUUCCCAAAAUUUUGGAUCUGUGUGUGCUCUUUGGAAAGGGUAACAGCCAGCUGCUGCAUAAGAUGAUAGACAACAUCUUUACCCAGCAGCCAUCUUACUACAGUGACCUGGGUGAGACUGUGCCCACUGUAUUACAGGUGUUUGACUCAAUCCUAGAUAAGUGUGGUCUUCAGUGUGAAGGUGCCACUGCCAUAGAGCCGAUGAAGCUGAAUGCACACAAACAGUCCACUGCUAUGACCAUGAGCCAACAGGAUCUUUUAGAUAUAAUUUUGUACCUGUCUGAUUCAACUUCCACCAUCCAUGCCUUCAUGGACAUCUUCCCUGCAGCCUGCACCACCUUCCACUCACACGGCUUCCUCGGCAGAUUGACCUCGUUUUAUGAGACCGCUGUGCCUGACCUUGAGAAGGCAGUGAGGAAGAGAAACUUUGGUGAUAAAGGACUUCAGGAUGACUUGUGGAAGAGGUUGUCCCACUCCUGUCGCAAAAUGGUGGAGACGGCUCACCUGCUGCUGCACCACACCUGCCUACAACCCAUACUGGAGGGGAGAGAAAACAUGCAAACUUUUGCAGAGGAACUCUUACAACAUUUCACAUCUUUUUUACCAGAAAAAAGGUUCUUGUCAGAUUAUGAUGAACAGUUCCCCAUCUCGGAUGACAUCAGUCUCCUGCAGCAGGCCAUCCCAGUCAUUGAUGAGACUAGGACGUCCUACCUUCUCCAGGGGGUGGAGAGUGUCUGGGACAGCAUGGGGCGACAGAGAUCACAAAACCAGACCCGGCCUAAAGCCUCCUCAUUGCUGUCAACCAAUCAGGGAGCAGUUGGUGGAGCUACUGCUGCCUUUGUAGAUGACUUUAGACCUCAGGACGACCAAGAACCUGGAGGAGAGCGAGUGAAGGGAGCAGAAGCCAUGUUGGAUGUUCCCCAAAAAGGAAACAACGGCGAGGUGUGUCCACUGAGUACAGCAGAGCUAGAAUCUCUGUUGUCGUGUAUCAGGGAUCUGCUGCCUGAUUUGGGUGAAGGUUUCCUGCUGGCCUGUCUCCAGGAGUACAACUACAGCUCUGAGCUAGUUAUCAACAACAUCCUGGAGGACCGGUUAGCCCCUAAUCUGGACAAACUGGACCGAGCCAUGCCGAGGCCAGUGAAGGAGGAGCUUCCAAAUGUUCUGACCAACAGAUCCAAUGUGUUUGAUGACGAUGAGUUUGACGUCUUCCGCAGGGACCAGGUGGACAUGUCCCGUGUCUGGAAGGGCAGGAGGAAAGAUCCAAACACUCAGGAGAUGCUGGACGACAAGCGUCACAUAGCAGAGCAGCGAGCUCGUUAUCAGGCCUACGAGAUGGUGGUAGAUGAGGUUGUCAUCGAACCUGGUGAAACUGCCGCCAGCUACGGCCUGGACGACUACGACGACGAAUAUGACGACACGUACGACAUGAACCAAGUGGGAGCUAAUGACCUGGACGGAGACAGUUUACUGAACCGGAGGCCUUUCACUAUUCCACAGGUACUGAGAAAAGGAAACAAAGCAGAGGAAGAAAGUGAAGAGGAAGAGGAGGAAGAACCUUUACAGAACAACACAAACAGGGACCAAUUUGUGCAGGACCCGGCUCUGCUGCGAGAAAGAGCUGAAGCUAGAAGAGCAGCCAUGCAACAAAGGAAAGGUUUCCGACCCGAGCGUACCAGUAAUGUUGUUGGCCAACCCAAAGGCCGAGGUCAAACCCCUGACACAUUCCUGGAUCGACGCAAGAAGGAGACUAACAAGAGCCGCGUGUCCAACCACAGCCGAAGAACCAUGGCUGACCGCAAGAGGAACAAAGGCAUGAUCCCUUCCUGACCUGUGUGAAGGACUGGUGGUAGCAAGACAGGUGUGAAUGAAGAGUUGCUGUUUGAUGGUUGUGACUUUUGAUCACACUCCAGUGGUGAGGUUGGUCUUUGCUCCAGAAGGAAAAGCUGCAACUGUUGGGACGUUUACCGACGUUCUGCAUGUUUGUCAUCAGAGGCUGUCAAACAACUCAUUGUGAGUGAGAUUCUAAACAUCUGCUUUUGAUUUUUGGCGUUUUUCUUCUUUUAAAGCACUUAAUAACCAAAGUUGAGAGUGUGAACCAGAGACAGAAUUUUAUUUUUGUUAAGUAACAAAUGAGUAUAUUAAGAUCCAGAGAGACUGAAAGACGUUUUUCACAUAGUCCGUGUAGGAAUACAAGGGAUGAGACAUCCAGGGUUUCCCAUAAACUGCCGUUUCUUCUGUACCUGAUCGAACAAUCGAACCUGGUGUUUGAGUCUGGACAUCAACAACUGCCUUGCUACUAGUGUUGUUUUAAUACCCACGAGUAGCUUGUGUGAAAGCUGCUUGCAUGAGUCAUUUGACUGCACGCAUGUGUUGACCAUCCAGUAAGUACAGUGGUAUCCAGUUCAUAUCACGGUUGUCCAGCCUUCACUGAAUCAAACUCAAGAGACUGUGAUGCUGUGAUGUUUGAAAAUGCUUUCAAACGACUUUCUUUGAACAGUUCAGAGCAUUUUAUUUAAAAAAAAAAAAGAAGAAGCACAUGGAAUUGGUUUUUGGAUUUCACAUAGCAAGAAAACCUGAAAUAAAUACAAUAAUACCA